AUCUUUUCCAGAAAAGACUAAGAUUCCAAUAUUUGAGGCAUAUUGAGUUCCCUGAAACACUGGUAUUUAGCAGUAUGGAUGAUUUCUAAAUCUGUAUUUGAGGCUGAGGCAGAUCUGGUGCAAGUAAGGCUCCAAGUAAAAGUAAUUAUUAACUUGUACUUAAUCAAACUCAGUAAUGUCGUAUGGCCAUAAUAGGUCAUUUGUUUCCCCACUUCGCUUUAUUUUCUGAAAUGACAGAAGUAAUUGCAUGAUUGUAACAUAAAUUAGUAGGUACAUAACACUGUGUAUGUGUGAGAUGUUUUCGAGGAAAUGUAAAAUUAAGCUCAUGUUUUGUCUUUGGGGAUUCUUUAGUAUAUUUCAGCUCUGCUAACCCAUUCUGUUAAAUCAUGUAGGCUAUUAGAUCCCAGUCUUCUGUUUAUUUCAGAAAUCUCUCUCAAAAUAAAUUCCAUUUUAUGAUGGCUUUACGGUUGGUCUGUGUAAGACCAGUCAUUUAAUCUGAUGCAGAGGUUUGCAGAGGUUUUGGAAAAUGAUGGAAAUCAGUGGCGCUUUUUACCCUGUUGUUACUCUAAAGUUUCUUACAUAACUCCUCUCACUAAAUGAAAAGCCUCAAAGUUUCAGCCACUAAAUGAAAGGUUUACAGCUGCUUUUCAAAUCGUGUUAUGAAAUUAAGCAGUAUGUGGACCAUAUUCUUAACAUAAAAUGUAGAGCUUUCUAUAGUAUAUUUCCAGUGACCUCUCUCUUGCAGUGGUGUUAAUAAUAAAACGUAAUUAUUAAAAGCAAAACCUUUGCUUCAUCCAUCCUCUCAAAUGCUUCAGGAUGGGAAUCAGUCAUUGUCUGCCUUACUUCCUUUCAGCUUACCUUGUUGUUCUAAUAUUAUUCCCAAUAGAUCUUGUUAUUUUUAAAUUCAUCAUCUCCCUCAAAUCUUUUCUUGUAGAAUGAAGGAGAAACUCUUCCUUAGGGUGAAGAUUUUUUCUGGAACAGCAUUAGUACUUCUGCCAAAGCUUCAGUCACACUUUUCUGCAGAGGUAUUUUUUCAAUAAGCUAUUUGAUUUCUUUUCAAACUGCCAGUUUCAGUAUGCUUUUCUAAUGAAAUUCUGCCAUUAGCUUGUAGUUAGUAAGCAAGGUAUUUCACUGCUCUGAGAGCUGAAUCAAGACACUAAUGAAAGCUUGAUGGAUAGAUGUCUAAUGAGCCUCAUUUCAAGAGGAAAGGCCUUUCCUGUGGCCUGCUGGGCAUCAAGCAGACCCCCAGUGCUGUGUACAAGUGUCACUCUGAGAUCUGGUCAUGCUCAGAGGGAAAGUCCCCAAACCUGGCCUUUCUCCAUAAGGUAUCAGCUCCAGCAAAACCAGCCUCUGAGCUGUACUAAACUACGCUCUUACAGCAUGGGAUCAAUUGAGCUCUUCCCAUAUUUGCUCUGCCAGUAGCCAGAAUCCUCUUUUCUUUUGGUUCAGCCAGAACUAAGUAGCUUGGUGAUAGUUGUUCUUUUUCAGAAGUUUGCCUAUUGCCCUCUUUUAAAGCUGUAGUGAAAGUUAACCGAAUUUUAAGUGCUUGAGUAUGGUUGCACUCAAGACUUCAAGGACUACUCCAAAUGUUCCCUAAAGCUGCUCUUCCUCCAGUUGCUGUGAUAUGAUACUGUGCACAGGGGCUGUGUGUGCAACAGCCCUCUUGAUUUGAUGGGGAUGUUCAGAAGCUUGAGGAUUAGUUUUUAACAGGUAUGGUGGAGAACAGGAAUUGGAAUCAGCUGGUUGUGGUGUCUUGGGGGAAAGAGCCAUAUGAAGUGGUAAGAGACAAGAGGGGAAGAUGAAAGGUAGGAGGUUACAGUUUUAGAUGGAUUUACCCAUGCUGUGAAUAUUGUAAAAUUGUUUAAAAAUAAGUGAAAUUAUUCUAUUAUGUAAUGUAAGCCUUUAUCCCAUGACUGAGGUUUGCAUUGGAAAAUACUGGGUUUAUUGGGUUUUUUGCUAGUAUUGUGUUGAAAAAUUGAAAUCUGAAGUACAAAUUUGUUCCAGAAUUUUAUUUUUUUAUUAUGUCAGUUAUUCUUCAUAAAAAUAUUCUCUUUAGAGGUAGCUAUCUGUGAUGAUAGUUUAAAACAAGAUGACUUCUUUAAGCUGGAAGAGUGGAUAACUCCUUGUCCAAUGAAAUGUAACUGAAUGUGUCAUUAUAGUUUUGUAAAGUGGAGUUUAGUUCUGAGACUUACAAUUUUCUUUAAAUGUAUAAGAUGUCACUAGAACGCUAAAGAAUUAAGAGAAGCCAUUGUUCAUCUCUUCCAGUUCUUGCAGACUCUUAUUGAUCUCAGUGAUCUUUGGGGAGUUAGCAGUUGGAAGUGAAAAUGCACAGCAGAUUGGCUCAAGGCAUGUUGACUUCCUGCUGAUGAAAGGAGACAGUACCAGUUCUUCCUUCUUCCCUGCUGUGAAUUUUCUUAUCAAUUUGUAGCAUCUCUAGUUCUAUAGGACUGGUGUUGAGCUGCUUAUACUAAACAACUUGUCAGAAGACUAGGCAGGGGGAAAAGAAAAAGUGGGCAAUCUAUGUUACUUUAGGGGGUUGAUUUGACUAAGCAGAGCCAGACUUCAGGAGAAGGGCUGGACUGCACAGUCAUGGCAGGUGAGUCGAGGGUGGGUGUCUUGUGUUGAGAGACGGAUUAGCAGCAAGGUAUUGCGUUUGCUUGGCAAAAUACAUCACACUAAGAUUCUCUAGAAAAGGAGAAUGAAAAUGGGUUAUAUCCCUGUCAGAUGUUUUUAAGCUCAGUUUUCUGCCCUGAAGGAAUACAGCUGCUGCUGCAAGUGGAUAGCUGCCAUUAAAAGGUGAAGUUAGUUGUUGCACCCUGCUUUUACUCUCCAGCUCUGGAGAAACUGAGAUGCAUCUCUUCAGUCCCUUGUAGUACUUUCUGAACUCCUUGCUGCUCCCAGGCAGGUCAUUGUACACAGUCUGAGAAAUGUGUUUCUAGGUUAGGGCCUUGCUUGUGUUAAACUUCUACACCACCUUUUAGAAAGACUAGAGUAACAUAAAGCUAAUCUUCAAACGAAAAUCAGCCCCUCCCCAACCUGGCUUUUGCUGUACCACCUUCUCCUCAGCUUACUGUUUGAUACUUUUGGCAAGCAGAAAGUGGAAUUUUGCUUUCUCUGCUUUCAGAGAAUAAGAGGCAUAGCAUCAAAUUUUGCCAGAAGUGUUGCAUGACCUAUAUUUUUGAAAUAAAAAAAAUCAUUCAAAAUUCAUGUGUUUUGAAAUAGCUUUUCUGUCUCAUGUUUAGAGUAUUUAAAUAAGUGCUAAAGAGCCAGACAAGCUUUACAGUGUUUCUUGGCUUUUCUGGCAAGAAUGAUCAUACCUGCUUUUCCAGCCCUUUUUAAUCAAUAAGUAGCUGAAAGCUAUAGAGGUUUUAUGAAUCAGCUGCAUGCUGCUUAUCGUGCUUUGCUGAUUUACAGUGAGGGAAAAAUGGGCUUAAUAAUUGAUGGGCUAAUAGGUGCUGGUUUAUAUGCAUUAGACAUUAUCAUAUUAAAUAUUCCUAAACAUAGAUUUAUAGACAUACUGUCAAAACUAGUUUAAUUUUUAAUUCUAUUUAUUUUAUUUUUGGGUUUAUAUUAAUACAGUUAUGUUUUAUUGUAUGUCUUGAAUGGUUAUUUUAAAAGUAGUGUUCAUACAGUGUAGGAUGGUCUGUGAUCAAUUUUAUAAUAAAGAAGUGUUUUUAUUAUAAACCACUUCUUUAAUAAGUACUGAUUGCUAUAUUUGCUUUGGUAUAGUCUUGAUGAUUUUUUUAAAAUUUCUAAUUAUUUCUGUUAAGUUACACUGCCCUCAGCUAUAUCAAUUAACUAUUAAGGAAGUAAACUUUGAGAAUGUAGUGGGACAGAGAGCCUAAAAUGUGUAAAAGAUUUAUCUAUUCAUUAUAGUCAGGGGGGACUAGGUGUCUUGCCAAAGGUCAGAGGAAGCAUUUGUGACCAAGGGAGUAUAACACACUUUGUGUCCAACUCUUGUUCUUGAAUUAUAGUCACAUUUCAUGUGUGUUUUCUGAUAUUUUCCAUAUACUCCAGAUAUUUGUUAUGGAAAUCAAGUCCUUAAGUACCACUUCUAGAUGUUGGGCCUCUGUGGUAAGAUAACAGUCCAAAAAGUGUUUCCUUGUUGAACUGUUGGUGUUUAUAUUUAAAUACCACAUUUUCUUUAAAACUGUUCUAUUUUUCAUAGUACUGCUUUUUUUCUUUGCAUGUAUUUUCAUCAAUUUUGCUGUAAACAUGAGGUAGUAUGUUUAAAGCCUAGUUUAAAACUCUUAACAAUUAAAAUUUGGCUUGCUAUUAACAGUUAAACUCUUUGAGUGUAUUAGUCCCUCAUCUUUUGAUUUAGCUCAGUAUGGUUGAUUUAGACAUAAUUUUUGUUAAAUAAGAGAUUAGACUACCAUAAGUAGGAAAAAUGUAGGAUAGUCUCAUUGCUUGAAAUUAGUGAGAUGAUAAAUAGGGGCAUAAAACUUCCUAGAAAUUCAUCUAUCCAGGCAGAUUUUUCUUUUUUUCAUGCUGCAUUUGGAAAAAAAAAAGUGGACAUGUGCAGAAACUCUCCCUCAUUUCUACAGGAUACAUUGAAUGAAAAUACUUUUACAGCAGUCAUUACAGUACUUUUAAGAUUUAUGUUGGGGUUUUAAAAAAACUAUUUAGGUGAUUCCAGUGUGGCCUUACAGGCUCAAGAGGAGAUUAUUGAAAUGAAAGAUGUAUUUUCAGUAAAACUGAAACGUCGUCGUUUUGCAGGGCAGAAAAAAGGUGGUACUUUGUUGGGUAUCACAAUUUUUAAAUGCUUGAAUAAAGAAGAGAAUAAGCUUACAGACUUUGCUAUCCAUUUAAAUAACUUAAGUGAAGAUCAUUGUCAGUCAUGGUUUAGACAUCUGAAGGAAAUUCUGAAUGGGUUUCAAAGCAGACCAAAAUCCUUGAAAGUGUUUGUUAAUCCAAGCAGCCACAAAAGGGAAGCCACCCAUGUUUAUUUUGAAAAAGUUGCACCUCUUUUUAAACUUGCUGACAUAAAAACUGAUGUCACAGUAACUGAAUAUGAAGGACAUGCUCUCUCAGUACUUAAAGAAUGUGAACUGCAGGCAUUUGAUGGGGUAGUUUGUGUUGGUGGAGAUGGAUCUGUCAGCGAAGUUGCUCAUGGGUUACUACUUAGAGCCCAGAUAGAUGCUGGGAAAGACACAGACUAUGUAUCAAAGCCUGUCAGAGCACCGGUUCCUCUUGGAGUAAUACCAGCAGGUACUACAAAUAUUUUGGCCCACACACUCUAUGGUAUUAAACAUGCAGUGACUGCAACAUUGCACAUUGUAAUGGGACACAUUCAAGCAGUAGAUGUGUGUACUUUCAGCACUCCAAGCAAGCUGCUGCGCUUUGGGUUCUCGGCCAUGUUUGGGUUUGGGGCGAGGACUUUGGCUUUGGCUGAGAAGCACCGCUGGAUGCCCUCCAGUCAGAGGAAGGACUUUGCUUUUAUCAAAACACUGGCAGCUCUCAAGCCAGAGGAAUGUGAAUUAUCAUUUCUACCUCUACAAAUUCCGCAGGAAGACUGUCAGGAGAAGGACAGAAAGAAGAAAGAGAAAACGAAAAAAGGUAGCAAGGAUCAAUGGCAGAAAAUUCAGGGUCACUUCCUGAAUGUGAGCAUUAUGGCAAUCCCUUGUCUGUGUUCAAUGGCACCAAGAGGCUUGGCACCUAAUACGAGGUUGAAUAAUGGGAGCAUGGCUCUUAUUGUUGUACAAAAUACUUCUCGAACAGAGUUUAUAAAGCAUCUGAAAAGAUACACCAGUGUAGAAAAUCAGUUCAAUUUUCCCUUUGUUGAGACCUACACAGUUCAAGAAGUAAAAGUACAACCAAGGCUUAAAAGUGGACCUGAUGCCAAGGAAAAUACGCGUCUGAAUGCUGCCUCUGCAGAAGGAAAUUACCCUUGGAAUAUAGAUGGAGACUUAAUGAAAGAAGCAUCAGAAGUUCACAUUCGGGUGCAUCCUCAACUUAUUGAUCUCUAUGGAGUGAACACUGAUGACCUGGAGAGUUCCCAAGCAACGUGCAACUGCAUAUAGAAGGGACACACUGGAAAUUCUGUAAUAAAGAAUCCUAUUCUCACCUCUAUGCACAGCCUUCCAGUGUGCUGGACUUGUACUGAUGUCAGUUGUAGCAGAAGCUUGACUGGGAUGUUUGUUCAAGUUCUGGGUUUAAAUUCUUAUUAAAUGAUAUAUUUUUAUUGGGUUGUAUUUAACUGUAUAGGAGCUGUUAGGCUUUAACAAAAUUGAUUAUAUUGGUCUCUUACAAAUUUGGGAUUAGAGAAGUGUCCAUCAGAAUAGAAAAAAGUUUGGUUUUCAUUAUAGUCUAGAUUUUUUUAGAAUGAGAUACUUCUAAGUCUGCUGCUGCUAUCCACGUUGUCAGGUAACUCAGUUCAGAACAGGGAAGAACCAUACCUCUACUCACCAGCUCUAGUUGAAGAGUGGUGGCAAAAUAAAAAUUAAUUUAUUUUGCAUUUAUUUUUUUAAUCAAGUACUUCUAGUUACAAUUUUUAAUAUUGCCUUAAUACUUGUGCUCUCAAAAUGUUUCUAGUCAAAUAAUCUAAGAGAAUAUGCUGAUGUCUUAUACAGCUUUCCUUUGUUAAAAUGUAUUUUAAAAACUGCUCUUCGUAUAAAAUUAAUAUUUUCUUUAUCUUAGAACUGAAAUGUUAUUCAGCAUAGUUUUUGUUGUUGCUGAGACUAAAGUUAUGAUAAAUAAUUUGGAGUUGACUUAAGUUUUUAUAAUUUCCCUAUAGGGUAUAAACACAAUUUUUGAGUGUUUGUUUUUUUUGGUAACUUACUUAAUAUCGAAUACAAUAAUUUCAGAGGACAGCAAAUUAAGACUAUAUUUUUCUGGGAACUGGCUUCCUUUGAGUUGAAAAGUAGCAGAGUGUGUUUUUCAGUCUGCAGGACCAUGGAUAAUGAAUGUUCUCCUGGUCACUGAUCUAGGAAUCGUUCAGAAGGCAGAGCACAAAUAAUGGUGUGAAAGCUGAAUUUUUUCAGGGCAAGAAUGAGUUGUUUCAGGUGCUUUCUUCAGGAAGCAGUCAAGGGUAAUGUGAAAUCCAGUCCUUGUAUGAUGGUGCUAAGUCAAGGGCUUAAACCUUUACAAGACAUCUAUAGCUACUGUGAUUUUAAAUACUUUUUGUGAAAAAUUCUCAUCUGUGAUAAAUACACAGGACAAAGUACUGCACCUUAAGUACUGCAGAUGAAGAUUUGGCUCCUAGACCCAAACUGUUACCUGUUGUCAAAGUCACAGGGACCAGUCUCCAGUUAAAAUUCAUACUCUAUCCCAUCAAAUAUUUUUAACAUGCUAAGGCAAUUCAAACUAAGCUUCUUAAAGCUGUCUAAAAAGGCAUUCCAGCACCAUUUAGUAGAUUUAAAUGUUAUUUAUUAAAUGAAAUUUAACAAAAUAAUUGAACUUGGAGAACAAACAGCAUUCAUGUUAACUUGUUUGGGUUUUUAAUAAAAUGUAAUCGAAUAAUACUUUAUAAUCUUGCCACCAUCAGGACAUUGUACAUUCAUUUUUUGUCGACCUGGUUUAUAAAAGCUUCAUAAUUUUGCUUCAUAUCCUAAGAACAGGUAGCCAACAUUUACAUGUUAACAAUCAGAUCUGAAUAGAAAGUGUACAAUUUCCAAGGCAUCAUGAUCACAUGUACUGACUUAUGUAAACUAUUUCAAAGAUAAAUAAAAUGCUUUGGUUUCA